CGAAAGUCUUUUCUCUCCGCUUCCCUUCAGACACUACCUAGGUACAAUGAGAACAUACUCCGUAGGGGGCUUGUUCGUACAGAGUAUUGUGGGCCCCGCUGGGCGGGUCCAUGGAUCUCCUGAGAUCGUCCGAUCCGACGACCCUCCGAUCCUCCGCCCCUAUACUAUGGGGUUGGCAAAGCAUCCGCGGAGGAGACCGCGGAGGAGACAUCCACAUUUCCGAUCCUCCUAUCUUGCAGAUGACUCUAACCGCCUAUUGUCCUAUCUCCGGUCACUUUCAUCUAUUAAACGCAUCGAUGGCCAUUCUUAGCUGGCGAAGGACUGAUACCUUGCUUGGCUUCGUUCGUAUUCAUUCUCUCGGCUAUCUACGUCUGUGACAUCAGCAGUAUGACACCAAAACAACUGGAAAAGGGCAGCAUGAAAGACAGUGCUCUUCCAGUGACUGAAAUCGUCGACUGGGAUGGGGAUGAUGACCCAGCCAACCCUCGCAACUGGCCAGAAUCUAAGAGGUGGGCGCAUGUAGUCAUCAUCUCCAUCCUGGCUCUUAUCACGAACAUGGCGCCCACAAUGUGUGCCCCGGGAAUCAAGGAAAUCGAGACUGACUUAAACAUCACCUCCAGUGUUGCCAGUACCCUUGCCGUCACACUUUAUGUGCUGGGUAUUGCUAUUGGACCCAUGUUCAUGUCACCCCUUAGCGAAAUCUACGGACGUGUGCCCAUUUACCACGCGGCAAAUGUCAUCUUUAUGGCCUUUAUCCUUGGCAAUGCACUCAGCCAGAGUCUAGCGCAGUUUCUUAUCUUCCGGUUUCUGUCCGGCUGCGCUGGCGGUACCCCGAUGGCUCUUGGCGGAGGGACAAUUGCGGACAUUACAACUAUUCAGAAACGAGCUGUGGCAAUGGCUUUAUUUAGUAUGGGUCCUCUGGCAGGACCAGUUCUCGGCCCAGUCAUUGGGGGCUUUGUCGCGGCGGGGCCGGGCUGGCGUUGGACGUUCUGGCUGCUCGCGAUCCUAGGAGGAGUGGCCGGAGUCACAGCACUGGUCAUCAUGCGCGAAACCCACCCCAAGAUCAUUUUGGAGCGCAAAGCUGCCCGCCUGCGUGCUACUACUGGCCAACUGAAUUUACAUUCCAAGCUUGCAAAUACUUCGCUCUCACCAGAACAGGUCCUUGUUCAGGUCCUGAUCCGACCAACUAUGCUCCUUUUCCAAUCGCCCAUCCUAUUAGUCAUAUCCCUAUAUGUUGCAUUGGUGUUUGGAGUGAUGUACCUCCUCUUUACAACCUUUCCUAGCGUGUUCGAGGGUCAAUAUAGUUUCAGCACGUCUAUAUCCGGACUUGUCUACUUAGGCCUGGGUGUUGCAUUAGUCGCUAGCAUGCUCCUGUUCAAUGUUCUGAAUGGGCGGGUACAAGCAGCACGCAUGAAAGCUGAUGGGGUACAGCAGGCGCGACCAGAAUACCGACUGCUGCUAAUGAUUUGGUUCAGUCCUUUUGUCGGACUUGGCUUGAUCCUCUACGGCUGGACAGCAUACUACAGGGCUCAUUGGAUCGUGCCUAUCAUUGGCACAGUCUUCAUGGGGUUUGGGGCCUUUUUUGUGAUUAUGCCCUCACAACUGUACCUAGUCGAUGUUUUUGGGUCCCAAGCAGCUGCCUCCGCUCUGGGCGCUAAUAAUCUUCUACGUUAUAUUUCUAGUACCUUCUUGCCACUCGCGGGGCCCGCCAUGUACCAUAGCCUGAAUUACGGGUGGGGGAACACAUUGCUAGGGCUGCUUGCACUUGCAUUUGUUCCAGGGCCGCUUCUGUUCUAUCGGUAUGGCGAGUACCUACGCGCCAAGUCCUCCGUGAAACUGCGGGAGCCAAGUUGAAAGGAGCCAAGUUGAAAGGCUCGUGGAUGACCAUGAAUCUGGUCAAUGUGCUGUACUCGGUUUUAGAUACCUAAUGUAGCUAGAGAUUUAAUACUCCUCACCCAGGUCUUUAUUAAGUGGC